UAUGUGAUCUGUGCUGCUGCCUGUGCCGGCUGGCCGCUUGUUUGUUAUUCGAAUCAAUUUUAAAGUAAAUCAUUUCGUCGUAGAUUUUGUAUGUUUACAUUUUUGUGCUCACGAUGAAAUAUAUUGCAGCAUUAUUUCAAAUUUUAAUAAUAUCGAACGUUUGUCUCGCUACAUUGUCGCCACCGUCUGAUAAAAAGUCUCAAAAAGGUGUAAAACCUCAAGAGGGUUCUCGGAAGAACAAUGUUUUGGAUCGGAAGCUGGUCGUAGAGACCCCAUAUGUUAAGGAUAUUCUUAAAUAUCAUGCCACCUACCAUCAGGAGACGUCGCUUCGUAACUUCAAAAAUACUAUUCUUGGUUAUGUUACACCGUGGAACAACAAAGGUUACGAUGUAGCAAAAAUAUGGGCGCCCAAGUUUAACUACAUCUCGCCAGUGUGGUUGCAGAUCAAGAGGCAGAGUCCACAUGUGUAUAUUAUAUCUGGCUUACACGACGUUGACCAUGCAUGGAUGAAAACUGUAAAACAGAAAGGCUCAGUUAGUGAUUUAAAAAUUGUGCCAAGACUGCUUUUUGAAAAUUGGGAACCUGCUGACCUGAAGGCAUUUUUCAUGGAACCCACAUCAAUUACAGAGCAAAAGGCUCUCAUAGCUGAAGUAAAGAAAACAUGCAAACAGUGGAAUUUUAAUGGAAUUGUUUUAGAAAUAUUAUCACAGAUUGGAAAGUAUAUUGAUAAGUCUGUGAAAUUUAUACAACAGUUUGGUCUGGAGAUGACAGAAGAUAACUUAAGUCUCAUAAUAGUGUAUCCACCCUUCCGAGGGUAUCCCAGUGAUGAGUUCUUCAUACAGGCCUUUAAUGAAAUAUAUCCAUAUGUGAAUGCGGUGUCUGUCAUGACUUAUGACUUUUCUAAUCCACAAAAGCCUGGUCCUAAUGCACCAUUGUAUUGGAUGAAAUUGUGUCUUGAGAAACUUAUAGGCAAUGAAGAGAACCCAUCAAAGAGAUCGAAAAUAUUACUGGGUCUCAAUUUCUAUGGGAACUCGUACACGGCAAACGGCGGUGGUCCUAUAGUUGGUACAGAGUACAUCGAGCUGUUGAAGAAUGCCAAAGCAAAUCAAGUUAUAUCCUACAAUAACAAUACUGCUGAAAACUAUAUUGAAAUUAAAACAUCCCAAGGAGCAAAGAAGAUAUUCUUCCCAACUCUGUUCUCCAUACAGAAGAGGCUAGAACUAGCAGACGAGUUUGGUACGGGCGUUGCAAUAUGGGAGCUGGGACAAGGUUUGCCAUACUUUUACGACUUACUUUAAUGUGAUAUUAAUAAAUAAUAAUUUAUUGUAA